AUGAAUGAACCGUCAUUGAUGGGGUAUCCCGGUAUGAACCCUAAUAUCGUCUCUGGGAUUAAUGCUAAUACUAAUCCUAUUGCUAAUAAUAAUAACAACAACACUAAUAACAAUAACAAUGGUCCAGGAACACCCGUUUCUGCAUUACAUUUGAAUCAAUUAAUGGCAGGUUUGGGUCCACCUGGUUUGCCUAAUGAGAAUAAUAACAAUGCGAACCAUCUGGCAAACAAUUCUCGUCAAUUGCUAGAACAAUUAGCUCAAAACAAUGGUCCAGCCACAAAUUCACCAGUACCUACAGGUGGGAAUAUGAAUGCGAAUACUACUAAUAAUAAUAUGAAUAACGUAGCUGUCAUGGGUAAUGACUCUAAUCACAAUACACCAAUGCUGAAUAAUAAUGUGGCUUUACAACCAAUGAAUAUAAAUGCGGGAAAUCCAUUAUUUCAUCCACACCUCGAGGAUACAGCUCUAUUGAAUAAUACAGUAUGGAAGAUGCAAUUACAACUAGCUGGCGUGUCUAUGCAUUCUAUGGGUCAACCUAACGUAUAUGCAAGACAAAAUGCAAUGAAAAAAUAUUUAGCAAAUCAAUCUCAAAAUCCACAACAACCGCAAAUGACUGAAGCUUCGUUAUCAUUAGUCGAUAAGACUCAAAAAUUAUUAAUGGAUUUUGCUGGUGCUGAUCCUUCUAAAGAGAAGCCAAAGAACUCUAACAAUAAUAAUGGAAACAAUAACAAUGCAACCUCCAAUAGUAAUGAUAACUCAAUGAUGACUGCAUCGACUCCAACACCUAUGGCUACUGGGAAUAAUAGUGCAUUGUCAACACCAACAACACCACAAGUAGAAUUGCAUAAUCAAAGAGAACAAAUGUCUCCAAAUGUACUACUACAACAUAAGAAAUUAUCCCAAUUUAGUAUUGAUGACGAUGAUGAAUUGAAUCCAAGUUCUGAUAAGAAAAAUAAAGAUGGACAAUUAUGGCAUGCUUUGGAUUUAUCUAAUCUACAAUUGAUUAAUUUGGAUUCUAAUAUCUUCAAAUAUAAAUUCUUAACAAGAUUAUAUUUGAACGGUAAUGGAUUAACUCAAUUACCAAAAGAAAUUAAGAAUUUAACAAACUUACGUGUCCUAGAUUUAUCUCAUAACAGAUUAACAUCUUUACCUGCAGAAUUAGGAUCUUGUUUCCAAUUGAAAUACUUGUAUUUCUUUGAUAAUAUGAUUUCUACUUUACCUUGGGAGUUAGGUAGUUUAUUCAAUUUACAAUUCUUAGGUUGUGAAGGUAAUCCGUUAGAUAAAGAAUUACUAAAAAUCUUCACUGAAAAAUCAGUCACUGGUUUGAUCUUCUAUUUAAGAGAUAAUAGACCUGAGGUACCUUUAGUUCAUGAUCGUGAAUUUAUAGAGAUUAAUACAGAUGGUGAACCACAAGCUAAAUUUGAAUCCUUGCAAGAAGCAAACUCAACUCUGGACCUAGAAUUAUCAAAAAAAAGUUUUACUAUUCUUUCGUACAACACUUUAUGUCAACAUUAUGCGACUCCAAAGAUGUAUCGUUACACACAGUCAUGGGCUCUAAGUUGGGAUUAUAGACGUGAAAAAUUGAAACAACAAAUCUUAUCUUAUAAUUGUGAUGUAUUAAGUCUGCAAGAAGUUGAAGCCCAAACCUACGAGGAGUAUUGGUUACCUAUCCUGGAGAAACAUGGUUACGCCGGUAAUUUCCAUUCGAAGACAAGAGCUAAGACCAUGCAAGGGAAGGAUUCUAAGAAAGUGGACGGUUGUUGUAUUUUCUUUAAGAAGGAUAAGUUCAAAUUGUUGGGUAAGGAUGCUCUAGAUUUUAGUGGAGCUUGGAUGAAACACAGGAAAUUUCAACGUACAGAGGAUUAUUUGAAUCGUGCAAUGAAUAAAGAUAAUGUUGCGCUAUAUUUGAAAUUACAACAUAUUCAUUCUGGCGAAAUUGUCUGGGUAGUCACAACACAUUUACAUUGGGAUCCUAAAUUCAAUGAUGUGAAGACUUUCCAAGUUGGUGUUUUAUUGGAUCAUAUGGAAUCAUUGUUAAAGGAAGAUAAUCCAAAACGUGAUACAAAGAAAUCUCCUCUAUUGAUAUGUGGUGACUUCAAUUCAUACCCAGAUUCUGCAGUUUAUGAAUUGUUUAGUACUGGUAGUGUCAAGAAUCACAUGGAAGACAACACGCGUGAUUUUGGUUACAUGUCUCAAAAACAAUUUAAUCAUCAUUUGGCACUAAACUCAUGUUACAGUUGUAUUGGUGAAUUACCAUUUACUAAUUUUACGCCUUCUUUCACAGAUGUCAUUGAUUACAUUUGGUUCUCCACUCAUUCUUUACGUGUUAGAGGUCUUCUUGGCAAAGUUGACGAGGACUAUGUUAAUAAAUUUGUCGGGUUCCCUAAUGAUAAAUUCCCAAGUGACCAUAUUCCAUUGAUUGCUAGAGUUGAAUUCAUGAGAGGAAAUAGUGGAAGUAGAAAAGUAUGA